AUGAAAAUACAAACUUGUAUUUAUCUUUUACCAAUUCUAUCCGUGACCUUAGCAAUAAGGGUUACUCAAAAAAAAGAUCUUGCUUAUGCCGCUUGCAAAUCUUUGCUCACUCAAUCUGCAAGUUCUUCUUUGCCUGAUCCAUUCUGUGACGCGGAAAACCAGUCAGCUAUGGGAUCAAUGGCUAUCUGCUUAGUUGAAAAUUUUGAAGGAUCUCCCAAAGACUAUUAUCGUCCAUAUUUAAAAGCAUGUUCUAUAUCUGAACAGACAUUUUUCGCAUCAUAUAAGAAUGCAACAAAUCACAUACCAGCAUCAUUACUGGAUCAAGAUUCUAACACGACUCACCCAAUCAGGCUCUCAUAUGAUAAUGUGCAGUUACUGUAUAAUCAGUUGUACCGUAAAACUUUGAAUGAUAAUUACAGUGUUUGGUUUGGAACGGUUUUAUUGGCAUAUUGGGGACUCGUCAUGUUGGUAGCCAGUUUCAAUUACUGGUCUCACUUUUUGUUCCCUGGUUUUGUGAAAAUUUUACAUGGUUCAAUAUCCAACUUUAUUAGACUGCAUUUUAUACUCGCCCCAACAGUUGGCAAUAGACAUGCUUCAUCCGUGAAACAUCUAAAGGUUUUUCGGGCUUAUGUUCCCUUGAGGUUUGAGUCAAUAAUUGUGUUAAUAUGGGCAAUCUUAUGUUUUAUAUUCUGUGGUAUAAAUCAUUAUCCAACGGGCCCAAACUUGUCCUCCCUAGUGGGAAACAGAGCUGCUCAGCUUGCUGGAUUUUGCGUGCCUUUGCUCAUCUUAUUUGCUGGAAGAAAUAAUUUUUUGCAAUGGUUAACUGGGUGGUCCCAUGCCAGAUUUCUUUUGUUUCACCGGUGGCAGGCACGCGUAAUAUUCAUCAUGAUGUUAGUCCAUGUAAGUGCAAAAACUUCUGUUUUGAUACAAUAUGAUAUCUACUCUUCCACUUUCCUGCAGAGCUAUAUGGCAUGGGCUAUAGUUGCUGUCAUUUCGUUAGGAUUCUUGAUUGGGCAUUCUUGGCAAUACUUUAGAGGCUCGAAUUAUGAAAUAUUUUUAAUUGUUCAUCACAUCUUGGCCAUAUUAUUUAUAGCAGGUGCAUGGAUUCACACUAGGGGAGCAGACACUCCUUAUGCUUACUAUGCAGCCACAUCGAUCUGGCUGUUUGAUAAAUUGGUUAGGUUAAUUAGAGUGUCUCUGUAUGGUGUUAAAAAGGCAAAGGUUGAAUUGAUCUCUGACGAAGUUUUGAAGGUAACUGUACCCAGACCAGGUUGGUGGAAACGAUUCCCAGGAUCUUAUGCCUAUGUUUACUUUCUUAAACCAACAGCUUUCUGGCAAUCACAUCCAUUUACUAUUGUUGAUUCUGUUGAAGACGCCAAUACGUUAACUUUUUGUAUAAAAGUCAAAGGAGGCAUGACUCAUGGAAUUUGUCAACAAUUACUAAAGAAAUCUAAUCAAAUGGACGCUUUCCAUGUUCUUAUUGAGGGUCCAUACUCUCAGCCUCAUUCUGGGAGACAUUUUGAAAACCUUGUCAUGUUGAGCUCUGGUACUGGCAUUCCGGGACCUUACUUUACUGCUCUUGAUUUGAUUAGAAGAAAUGACAAUUCAACCAAACGAGUAAAAUUCUAUUGGAUUAUUCGUGACGUGAAGUCAAUUAAUUGGUUCUUGGAGGAACUCUGCAAGUUAGAAGGAUCAAUAGUUGAGACAGUCAUUUAUAUUUCCAACACAAACACCAAUUUUCCUAGUUUAAAGACGCAGGAAAUUUCCAAGCAAUUUGACAGUGAUACCGAGCGGAUUUCUUAUUCAAGCGAUUAUUUGAAACAUCGCUUGCAAUUUGUGGAAUUCCGAUAUGGUCGGCCAAGUGUACACGAGAUUAUUCAUCAGGAAAUUAAAGAAGCAUGUAAUUCAAUUGGGUUUAUUACUUGUGGUGCACCCCAAAUGGUAGAUAAUGCUCGAAUGGCGAUUGUUAACUCGUUGAAACGUGAUACCAGCAAAAGAAUAGAGCUCUUUGAGGAUUUUCAGGAAUGGUAA